AUGAUUAAUAGUGUUAUCAAGUGCAUUUUUUAAAGUACAAUGAUAAUGUUAAAUAAUAGUAAGAUAACCCAAAGUUUUAUAUAUGAUCAAUCCUGACCCAAUAUUUUAUGCAGAAAUGGAUGAUCUUAUAAUAAAUGAAUUAACUUAGCAAAAUGCUUAAGUUUAAAGAGUUAAUCUAUAAGACAUUAGCUUCACAGCAGGAAAUGUAAAAUAAAGUAAUAUUGAAAGGAAUUUAAAUUUUUUAUUAAUAACGAGCUAAUAGAUUUUGAUGCUUUCUUAGCUUAUGGAUACAUGAAUCCUAAACAUUAUCUAGACUACUUAUAUAUUAAUUAAGCAGUUCAUGCCUCAGGAAGAACAACUUUACAUAAACCUGAAACAGAACAUAUUCUUUACAAUAAGUUACUAUAAUAUAUCAAUUUUUCAAAAUAUAAAAUCCCUUUUCCGAAAAUAGGAGUGGCAUUCUCAAUAAACUCAUUUAAAUAAGUUAUUAAUUAAUUUGAUGAAGAAGCAAUAAUGAAAGAUGUUCAUGGAUAUUCAGGAAUAGGAGUACAUUUGACUCAUUGUAGAAACAAUAGUGUAGAGAUGUAUUCUCGUGCUUUGUGGAAAUAAGAAUAAUAAAUUUCUUAAGUUUAUAUAAAUGAUUCUCCUGGAAAAUCAGUAAGAGUUCUUGUAAUGGGUGGAAAAGCAGUCUCUGUUGCUGAGUUUAAAUUUAGUAAAGUAAAAUAUAAAGAGAAUUUUAAUAUAGAAUUUUAAAUCAGUUGGUUUAAGUGAAGAAGCAUCAGUAGAAUCCUUAAUGAAUUCAGAAAAAAAGGAUAUUUAUUUUAAUCUUGCUGAAUAGGCUUGUCAAGCAAUUGAUGAAAAUUUAACUGUUGGUGGUGUAGAUAUAUUGGAUUCUAAAAUAUUUGGUUUAUAAGUUUUAGAAAUAAAUAGUUGUCCAGAGAUGUGUGAUUCAAUUAGUGCAACUAAUUUACCUUUACUUGAAUAUUUUGGAUAGGCUUUUCUUAAAAAAAUAAAAAAUUGA